GGCGAGACAGACAGCCUGACUGACUGACCUGACGUAGAAGUUGCCCGUGUUAGCACGCUUAACUUCUCCAAGAACUGCUGCCCGCAGCUCUCACUCCAGAAUGUUUGCAAUACGAUCUGUUGUCACCAAAUCGUAUCCUUUCUGGGUAAAACCGCAAGUUGCAGGCGCGGGGUUUAUUCACACGACCACCAACUUGUCUGGAGCUAAAGUUGCUGUUGUGCUCUCAGGAUGUGGCGUGUAUGAUGGCACGGAGAUCCACGAGGCAUCAGCAAUCCUGGUGCACCUGAGCAGAGGAGGGGCUGAGGUGCAGAUGUAUGCGCCAGAUGUGCCGCAGAUGCACGUCAUUGACCAUGGCAAAGGCCAGCCCAUGGAGAACCAGUCCAGGAAUGUGCUGUCAGAGUCGGCGCGCAUUGCCCGUGGUAAUAUAGUCGACGUAGCCAAACUGAGUGCCAGUAACCAUGACGCUGUCAUUUUCCCGGGAGGCUUCGGGGCAGCCAAGAAUUUGUCCACGUUUGCUGUGGAUGGGACAGACUGCAAAGUGAACGGUGAAGUGGAGCGUGUUUUGAAAGACUUCCACAAAGCUGGAAAACCUAUUGGGUUGUGCUGCAUCUCCCCUGUGUUGGCAGCCAAGGUUCUCCCCGGAGUGGAGGUGACCGUGGGUCACGAGGAAGAGGAGGGAGGGAAGUGGCCCUAUGCGGGCACUGCUCAAGCCAUCAAAGCCCUGGGUGCCAAGCACUGCGUCAAGGAUGUCACCGAGGCGCAUGUUGACCGGAAAAACAAAGUGGUGACCUCACCAGCCUACAUGUGCGAGACGAAGCUGCACCUGAUCUUUGAUGGAAUUGGAGCCAUGGUGAAGGACGUCCUGAAGCUCAGUGGGAAGUGAUGUCAACGCUGAGCAACUGGUGUCUUCCACCUGCGACAUAUUUGGUAUCUUAGGCCAAAAUAUUUUCAUGCCAGUUCCUCCUUGACGAGGGUCAAAUUUAUACAACUAGUGAAUCUAGUUAAAUCAUGGCAGUAUAAUACCUUGGCUGUAGAUGCUUGAGAAACACUUUAUUGCAAACAGGAUUUUAUCAUCACUUUAUGGUUUGUUGUGGCAAGGAUAUCCCCUUGACAUUCAUUAAAAACUCAUUUAAUUCUG